CACGAAUCUCCCAGUGAACCACAGUGUCAUCCAACCAUUUUUUAUCAUAAAAAAAUUACAAUGAUCAUUGUUUAAAUUACUAAUGAUUUUAUCUGUUUUGUGUAAAUAUAUGAUUAACAAAUUUUACUCUAUGUAAUAUAUAUACUCUAAAUUAUAUGAAUUUAUGGCGUUUUCGAAAAGCAAUUUUAAAGUUUACUUCAUUCUCCGCUAGAGUUUUUCUCGCCUCAUCCUUUAAUUCGUCAGUGCCUGUGAAUGUGUGACAAUUGUAUGUUAUUUUGUACUUGCUUUCUUUCGUGCAUUGUAUGCAUUGCAUGUCGAAUUUCAAGACCGCAUCAAGGUUGAAAAGAACAAAUUUAAUAGAAAAAGAUUCAAAAGAAAGUUAUAAAAAUGCGAAGGCAAGGACAAGACGUCAUGCAGGUCAACUUAGCAGGAAUUAGAAGAGAUAUUUUAAAUCUCGCUCACAACUACAGCAAUGCUCAGAAAGCGGUGCGUAAAGCUACAAGCAAUGAUCCAUGGGGUCCAAGUAGUACACUUAUGGCAGAAAUUGCUGAUUUAACAUACAAUGUUGUGGCAUUUACCGAAAUAAUGCAAAUGCUUUGGAAGCGAUUAAAUGAUCAUGGAAAAAAUUGGCGACAUGUAUAUAAAGCCUUAGUCCUUCUAGAAUAUCUGAUCAAGACUGGUUCGGAAAGAGUUGCUCAGCAAUGCAAAGAAAACAUCUUUGCCAUACAAACUUUAAAAGAUUUUCAACACAUGGAAGGUCCUAAGGAUCAAGGGAUAAAUGUGAGAGAAAAAGCAAAGCAAUUAGUGGCCUUAUUAAAGGAUGAUGAAAGAUUGCGAAAUGAGAGGGCAAGAGCAUUAAAAGCUAAAGAAAGAUCGGUACAAUCCCUACGUGGAUUUGGAAGUGAUGGAGCCGAUACAAUUUCUCCAGGCAGCGGUGAUUUUCAGGAUUGGGAACCUUGUCAACUUUCUGAAACAUCAUCGAGACCGGAAUUGGAAGCUGCAAGACCGCAGACAAUUGGCGAGGAAGAGCUUCAGUUGCAAUUGGCAUUGGCAAUGUCACGAGAGGAAGCUGAACAGGAAGAACAAAGAAGACGUAGCGACGAUGUCAGAUUGCAAUUAGCACUUAGUCAAAGCCAACAAGACUUCAAAAUACCACAACCUGAGAAGCAAAGUCAUAUGCUUGAUUUACUUGAUGUAAAUUUGGGGGAGGCCAGUGGGGCUAGUGCACAGGUAGAUCCAUGGGGUGUUCCAAUUGCUCAGCCACCACCAAGACCUCAGUCACUGGAUUUAUCGUACUUUCGAUUUAACGAGGGGCAAAGUGAUCCGUGGUCUGUUCCUACAACGAGCACUACAUCUCCACCAGUUGUUGAUCCUUGGGCUCCAGUUCCUCCGCAAAGACCAAUGGUAGCUGAAAUUGCAGCUGCAACUGUCGAUCCAUGGCGCGCACCUGCUCCAUCUCCAGCAACUGUAUCAUCGCCAGUGACCACAGAUCCUUGGGCUCCAGCAGAAUCUAGGCCUAUUGGAUUUAAUAUUCCAUCGUCAACUAAUGCUAAUUUCAAUUCAACUACAAAUGGUUUUUCCAAUUUCAACAAUGGUGUAUCACCGAAUCAAGGAAACGCGAGUCCAUUGAAUGAUUUAGAUGAAUUUGACAUCAUCAGCAAUAGAAAUAAAAUUGAAACCAGUCCUCACAUUGUAAACAAUGGAAGUACAACUUCACCAGAUCCAUUUGACUUGGGUGGCCUAGGAAAUAAUCUUCCUCAAAGUACAGGUGCUGUUAAAAAAACUCCACAAUCAUUUCUUGGUGAAAAUUCUGCCCUUGUCAAUUUGGAUAAUCUUGUUAGUGCAUCCGCAAUAAAACCUGCUGCACCAACACCUACAAUUACUGUCCCGUAUUCGGCAAAUCCGUUUGCAACGGCAACGCCUCCACCUCGUCCUUCAAUUAAUCAAAUUCGACAAGAUCCCUGGACAGCGAGCACAACUUCUCCAGCAAAUCCAUUUCUCUCCUAGCUUGAUUAAUUUUCAACUCUGAAGAUAAAAAAAAAGAAAAAAAAAAAACCACCCACCAAUUUCGAACAUCUGAAAGUGUCUUUUUGACAUUUUAUAUAAUAACCACCGUCAAUGAAAAAAAAAAUAAUUAAAAGUCCUAUUGUAUUAUUCCAAUUGAAAUAUUAAGAAUUCACAUUCUUGACAAAUGAAAUUCUUUUCUCGUUCGAAACGUAUCGAACUUAAAAAAAUAAAUUUAAAAAAAGGAAUCAGUUUACAAAACUUGCAUUAGCGAUAUAAUUUCUAGAAUUGCAAGAAUGUUGACUGAAUUCACUUUUUUGAAAUUCAAUUUUUCAUUUUUUAAUGGAAAAUCACAAUUAAAUUUUAUUAUAAAUUGGAGAUUUGCGCUCAAAAUAUUAUCUAAAGCGUAAAAUAAAACAAAAUUUUUUCCAUAAAAUAAAAUGAGACAAAUUUCUCGAAAGUUAUUUAGAAAAAAAAUUCAUCACCAAGUGUUGAACAAAUUCUUUUUUUUUUUUGGGAAAAUUUUGUCGAUUAAUAUAUUGCAAAACUCUAAUUAUAAUAAAUAAUAUUUAUUUCGUCUACUAUAUCUUAGGCCGAAAACACAUUUUAUGCAAUAAAAUCCUAAAACAACAUCGAAAUCUUUUAAAGAAGCAUUUGUGAAUUUUUUUUUUUUUUUAUUUAAUGAAACCAUGUGAAGCGAAAAUUCGCUGAUUAAUUAUUAUUAUUAUUAUUAUUAUUGAUUAUUGAUUAUAUUGAAAGCUAGAUUUUUAUACGCGUGCUCUUUUGUUUUUCAAAAACCAGCACCAAAAAAUCACUGUCGAAUACUUGAGGCGAAAUAUAUAUAUGCAAAUGGCUUGACCAUUUCGUUUUAUACACUAUGCCUUUUCUACUUCAACGAAUCAUUUAUUAUUCUAAUUCUAUUGUUUAAUCAAUGCUUUAUAAUUCAUGAGAAGUAUUUGAUAUUAGCAAUUUUUGGUACUGAAAAUCUGUCCACGCUUUUCUUUUCUUUUUUCUAAUAUCUUUUUUCUAGAAGAAAAAAAACAAAUUUAAGAACAAAUUUGAAAAUACGUUUUCCGAAGUGAAAAAAAAAAUUAUAGUUUUAAGUUUAAAAAAAAAUGUACGAGUAAAAAAAUUUACAAAUUAUUUGUAAUUGCGAGAUGAUGUGGGAUUGUUUCCCGAUGCUUUAAAAAAAAAAGAAAUUGUAAAUAUCGUUGGUUUGAGAAUGUAUUUCCAUCGUCUUGUUUCGUUCGCUAAGUAUUACCAGAUCAUAAUUUGUUUUUGUUUAUUAAGAAAGCAACGAAUGGUCUAUGUCAACUUUUUUUUUUUUAAAUAUGACUCUCUGAGAAUUUACUCUAAUUUUUAUGAUACUAUAAUUGAAUUAUUGAUUGUCCUCGAGUUGAAACUACGGGUAAAAAAAAAUUCACGAGAAUGAAAUAUUCUCCAUUUUUUACACACAGCGUUUCUUCUAAAUUUAUAAAUAAUAAUUGUUUAUUUUCUUCGGCCUCAGGAAGAGCAUGUCUAAAAAAAAGAUGAUAAUUUUUAUCACUAAAACUAUUUUUUUGCUCCCUGGAAUUAUAUUCAAAUAUUUUUUAUUAUGAGAGAAUUUUAUAUCUCACAUUAUUUAUAUUUAUAUAUAUAUAUAUGGUUUAUAAGAAUUUGGGGGCAAUGUUAUUUGGAUACGUGAAAAAAAAAAAAAUUCUAGGUGAUAAUUAAAAAUUGAUGUCGCUUGGAGAAAAAUCAAAUUAAUAAACUGUAUCAGUUUUUAAGAA